AACGGGUCAUCAAGUUAGGAGGCGAAACAACGACAUCAGUCAAGAGUUUCCUGGCUACUGUCUGAGUCAAUUAUUGCCAGACGCCGGUAUUUUCGCGGUGGUGAGGGUUUCUGCUCAGGAACAACAUUCACAGUGAUGUUUCCCCCCAUGACAGGACCUGCGAACAAAGUGUUGACACCGCCUGACACAUUCACAGUCAUUUCGUUUUGUGACCGAGUUGUGGAAGUCGCACAUGGCGCGGCCAAGCCAAAGGUGCCGAUCGGUGGGACAGGAUAACACAAGGCAGGAUUGAAGGAACUGAAACUGGGUCUAGUUGUAUCUGACAGAACUCGGGAGAUGUCACGAUGUUGCUGUUCAUUUAGUUUACUGUAAUUGUUUAUUGAUUGCAUGUUUUUGUGCCCCGAAAGCUGCAUUAUUUGAUUGGCAGGGACGUUGCAGUCUGACAGUUUUUGAAUCAGAUAUUUCCUUGCGCUGUGGUUUGUAAGGCGUUUGGAUGUUUCGAGUGCUGCCAACAUAUUGUGCGUUUGGACCAAGAGUGUUUGUCGAAAUGUAAAAAGGAUCAUUUGGUUCAUUAUAAUCAAGCGGACGUUUUGCUGCAUACACCUUGUAGAUUUUAACAACACACCUAUCAGGAUCCUCAAGAUUUUCCCACAUUUUGGGAGUAACAUCCCGGAUAUCCUUUGGAUUUGUACCUGGACGUGUCUUGGUUUGUUUUUCAUUGAAAGUGAGAAACUCCAACCCGUUUGAAUCACGUUUCAACAACACAUCUCCCCAACACAUGGAUCGAUGCUCGUCCCCACCCCUGAGGCCAAAGUGGACUGUGUUGUGAAACCACAAUGUGUUUAUGAUUGCAUGGGGAGAGUGUGCGCCAAACUGACCCGUUUCCCAAAGUUUAUUCACUUCUUCGUCGGAUAACGGAUCUGAUCUGUUGGACUGAAGACGUAGCGGAUGCAAUGAAGGGGAGACUAGUGGUGGUGGUGAUGCUGGCCGGUGUGGUGCUGGGGGCACUGAUCAUGAGUCAACACUUACAGGUCAACAUGAAAUCAGGUGUCAGAGUGGUGGAAAAUGACCUCAACCACAACACGCCGCUGGAAGAACCCCGGCGACACGACCAGGUGAACAAGAAAGCAGAUAGUGUUGCGGUGACGGAAAAUGACCUCAACGACAAAACGCCCCUCGGAGACAUUCGACGACAAGGCCAGAUUAUCCUGCCGGACAAAGCUGCUAUAGACAAGUUGUCAGCCGCCGCGGUGUUUCGGACCUACCACAGUUACCUUGACAACGUAGACAUAUUGUGCUCCCGGAAGCUGCGGAUGGGAAAUCUGGGAGACGGAGGCUGGGAAAUAUGUGAUGACAGAGAAUAUCGUCCCGUAAAGCCUUGUAUUGUGUACUCCUUUGGCAUCAACUUUGACUUUACUUUCGACGAUGAUACGGCGAAAAACUACGAGUGUGGCGUAUUUUCGUUUGACCCAAGCAUGAAAAAAAACAGCUACCAGAGAUCAGCGCGUGUUCGUUUCUUGAACGUAGGCAUAGACCGGGAGAACACGGUGAACGGACAACACUGGGAAAUGCACACCUUGGGCCGAGUGAAGGCCAUGCUCAAUCACCAGGAGAAAGUCAUCGAUGUUCUUAAAAUGGACGUCGAACGCUCUGAAUGGAGAUCCCUGCCGGAAAUGGUGGCCUCGCGGAAUCUCUCCUCUGUCCGACAGUUGCUUGUAGAAUACCAUGGGAAGUGCACGGAUCGAGACGCGUGCAUACCGAUGCUGAAGGUGCUAAAGGAUGUACAUGAUUUGGGAUUCAGGAAAUUUUAUGUUCACAAAAAUCCUGUAUGCCAAAUUAAGUCGUCUUUGUUUCCCGUUGUACGCACACAAUGCUAUGAAGUUCACUACAUAAAUACCAACCUAAAAGUACAUUAACAUUCUCUGUCAUAGAUAGACACUGUAUGUUGGACUGACAAGUGUUUGUUGCGGUCAACUUACGACAAGACAGACACAGCAGCUACAUAUUAUGACGUCUGCAUUUCUAGGGUGCCGAGACUUCUGAACAGGUACCUUUAUUCAAAUGUCACAGCUAAAAAACACUGUCUACUUCUUUAACAUCACGUGCCGGGUGCCAUGGGUAGAGCAGGGCAUACUUGCCACCUCUCCGACACCUGGUGUCAUCAAGGACUUUCAAGAAUACACGCAUAUCAUGUUCACCUUUUUUGUCUUUUACGCUCUUUACGCCCAAUAAACUUGUUCGGUCAGA